UUACUAACGUGUGUCUCUUGCAAGCUCACGGAACAUAUACUUUCAUCCGAUGCUCGUGGAGUGGCCAUCUUGGACAACGCGGAACUGACGACCAUGGUGACGGUCAUCGUGGCCCUGAUGCUGUUCACGGCGCUCUUCUGCCUCGUCCUUAGGCUCUUCAGCAAGGCCCGAUUCGGCUCUUCGGGGCGCGACCGCAUGGCCGACGCCGGCGCGUCUCCCGCGGUGCUGACGACCGUAGACGGAGCCGUGGCAAACUCCCUGGGCAAGGCCUCGGUGCCGCACGCAACCUCUCGACGACCGUCCAGGAGCUCCGUCGACUACGGCGGCGUCAACUCGGCGCGCAGGGCCAGCUACGGGAUGCUCGCGCCGCCUGGCGACUCCGCGGGCUGCUCCCGUCGCGCAAGCGACUCCUCGUUGCGGUCGCAGGCCUCGCAGCGGUCUGGGGCGUCGGCCAGGAGUGGCUCGGUGUCCAAGUCCGGCGCCAGGUCGGCCUCCGGGGUGGGCGCCCACAGUCCCGGGGGUACCACCACCGGCAGCAGCCGAGGCAGCGGCGCCCACGAAGCUGCCCGCAGGACCUCGUCGUCGCCGCUUGAGGGCAACGGCGCCGCCUCCACGGGCGCCGGAAGACAGAAGCAGCCCAUCACCAGGCCCCUGAGACUGCACCUGUCUCAGGAACUGCGCAGCAAGGCGAGUCCUUCUUGCGGGGCAGAGAACGAAGGAACGGCGAGAUAUUAG